AUGCCCCUCGCCCCAGCAAAGCACCAGCAUCACGAAAGCUCGUCGCGCAACCUUGCGCCCCCAACCACGGGCUACUGGAACCGCGCAUCGCCAGACACCAACCUCUUUGCCGGCGUCUCACGGUACCCGUUCAUGGCUCUUGACUCGCCCAACCGCGACCAUCCAGGACACCACCACAGCGGUGUCCGCGAUGAGGGACCCCCUCCGCCGCACCCGUCGAUCCCUACAUCCAUGUCCCUUCGCAGCAUGGUCAACUCGGAGCCGUGGGACGGCGACGAGGACGAGAUCUACACGGAAUCCGAGGCGGAUGGACUCCCUACGGAACUCGAGCUCGAGCGUGAACGCGAACAGCGCGAACGCGAUCGUGAGCACCUCCUUCGCGAGCGCAACCACAGCCGUGAGCGACCACCAAGCUCGCACGGUGCCGUCCUGCCUCCACCCCCUGCCGCCAACGGACACGGCCACGCUGGUGACCCCGUCUCACUUGGCUAUGUUACCCUCGAUGACGCUCGCAUCCUGUUUGACCUGUUCGUCAACAACUUCAACACGGCCAUGGCUGUGAUCGACCCCGUUGUCCACACCCACGAUUUCGUACGCCACCACUCGCCGUUCCUCUACACUGUGAUCUUGUGCAUCGGAUCGCGGUACAUGGGCGUGCUAGGCCACGAGCCGAUGCCGCUGGCCAACAACUCGGCCCACCAGCAGAUUGUCAUCUUGGCUCGUGACCACCUGAUGUGGGCAUUUGCCGAGGCGGUGACCACAAUCGAUGUCGUUCAGGCCGUUGUUGCCCUGUCCCUUUGGAAGGAGCCCGAUGACGAUAAGGCGGCCUAUUACUUCAACCGGGCCAUUGUGCUCGCCAAGGAGCUCGACCUCGGUCGCAUACCCUCACACCACGAGGUACGCAGCAUGGGCAGCGCACAGCGCCGCGACCUCCGUUUCCGUCAACGGCUCUGGCUGUCGCUCUUCUCCACAAACUCAAUCUUCCACAUGCAGUUCCGCCAGCCCAUGUUCAUCUCGCACACUGACCCGCUCGUGUCGACAUGCACGUUGUGGCUCAAGCAGGGCGAUCACGAUUCGUCGCGUGACCGUCUCAUGGACACGUUUGUGGCCUUCAGUGCCGACCUCCGUCGCCGGUUCCUCCACUACCGCGACAUCCUUACCGACGGCGCGCAGCCGACUGCGCUGACGCUGUCGGUCCUCACCAAAACGCUCAACCGCGAGUGGGAGGCGACCUCGGAGCAGUGGAUCCAGGAGAUUCUCGACGCCGGUGGCACCCCGGCCUACGUCCACAAGCCUCGCGUGUGGUACUCGUCACUCGGGCUCAACCUCAACCUGAUGAUCCUGAACCAGACGCUGCGGAUCCCGCCCGAGGAACGCAUCCCUCCGGCGCUGCCAACACACGGUCACGGCAGCGCCAUCCAGCUGCGCUCGAUCCCGGCCUUCCACCACUGUCUCAACGCCGCCUCGUCUGUCCUCCUCCGCAUCAACGACCUCAGCAAGUCGCAGCUCACCUAUGCGUCCGACACCAUGCUCCACUUUGCGCUGUACGCCGCCACGUUCCUGUGGACGCUGUGCCGCACGCCCGAGCUGUACGACUUUGAGUCGGGCGAGGUCGAGUACACGUCCGACCUGAUCAUGAAGGUGUCUGAAAACCUCGAGUCGGCAAGCGCGUACCCGCACUCGUCGCCGGCCCUGCACGCGCGCUACCUCCGCCGCCUGUGUCGCGCCCACCGCCGCACACACAGCGGCGGCUACUCGAGCUCGGACGUCGCCCACUCGGACCGCGGCGACGGAGUCUCCGUCGCCCCGCACGGCGUCGGCGUCCCGCCCGGAUCCCAGGCGUUCGACUACCCCCCACAGAUGCCCAAUGGCGAACUGGACUUUAUCGUCGGCGACUUUCCCUGGGCUGGCGUCGACCUGCCAUGGCAGCCUGUCGAGCCGGCGCUGUAUGCGUCGGCCCCCGGCGGCGGUGUCGGCCCGGGCGGCGUUGGCGGCGUCGGCGGCGGUAGUGGCGGAGUUGGUGGAGUUGGUGGAGUUGGUGGCGUGGGAGGCGUGGGCGGUGUCGGCGGAGUGGGUCCCGGACUCGCGCCAGUCGACCGGCCGCUGCCAUCGUCCACAGUCCCGACGUCCGGGGAGCGCGGCGGGCCCCUCGUCGGCUCGCUGCCCCAGGGCCCCGGGUCGGGAUACAGCAAUGGGCCGGGCAUGUACCCGCCCCCGCAGAUCGUCUAG